AUCUUCUACUAAUUCCUCAUAUUUCAGAAGUACAACUUAAGGGGCUUAAAGUGUUUUUGAAAGAGUACCAUACUUUAAUUUGUCAAUCUGUAAUCCCUAUGGUUUCGCGAGAGCCACCGAGCGAUCGUUGACAGUUGAUUAUUGGCAAUAUAAUGAGUCUCACUGAAUUUGCGAUGGUUGAAGAGUUGGCUUUUCUUAUUAAAGACAACCUUCCUUGCAAGCACCUCGUUCUGUCCAUGGAAGAGGCACUGAUCAAUUUCCUUCAGGAUGAUACAAGAUUAGAUGGGGAGCUGGAACUUGAACCAAUGAAUCCUUAUAACCGCCUGCUCAUACAUCGCCUUGCUGACAUUUUUGGAUUUUCUCAUCAUUCAGUUGGUGAAGGAGAUGAGAGACACUUAAUUUUGAAGCGUUGCUCAGAGACGUCAAUACCUUCGAUCUUUGUGAGCGAUCUCCUAUGGCAGUACGAUGACGUGCAAUUUCCCAUGAAUAUUGUUGUAUUAAGACGGAAAGAAGUUCAACCAGGCCUGAGGGAAAACUCUGCGACUGAAUCAUCACAUGAGAGAAAAAUAACUCCUCCUACUUCCAGGGAACGGAUCUUUUUCAGAGACGAAUGUGAGACAGGGCUGGUAAAGCAGAGGCCACAAAAUGAUCCUAUGGUUGCUGGACGAUGAUAACCCAUGCUCUUGGCCGUAGAAUCAAGUCGACAAAUCAUGAACUUAGCUCAAGAGAUAACGAAAUGUAUGGACAUCAUGUGAAGGAUGUGAAAGAACAAUCUGAGGAAGGGUCCAUAAAAUCGAGCAGUUGUACAGAGACAGAAGUCCCAUCUACCACAUUUUCUGAGACUGCUAGGUGUAAGGUACACGAGCAAAGGAGUCGAAGAACAUCUUCUAAGAUAAAUUUAUCUGCAGAAGAAAGAGAUGAUAAUAACAUUCAGAAUGACUCUUCUAGAAAAGAGCUUAAGGGAGCUGCAAAGAGAUUGUUUGCUCAUGCCUUGGGGAUUCAUCAAAGAGAGGGUAACCCAGCUAAGUGCAACGAAACAAGGCUAAUAACCAAACUAAAUUGAGGAAGCAUCCCAUUAUUCAAUAUGUUUGGGAAUAUGAAGUUGAGUUUGAUGAGAUUUUAAGAAGCCACUUCCAUUUGAUUGUUGACUGAUUCUAUGGUGGUGGUCUUGUGUCUAAUAACAUAAUUUGGCAGAAGCUUUGGUAGCUUUGUGUCCAUUCUGGGUAACGAAAUUGGAAUAUUCAUCCGUGGAAACUGGCUCGGCUAUAUUAAGGAUGGAUUUUAGCAGACCAGUGGCCUUACAACUUUCUUAUCCUGGGCCUAACAGGAUGGUGUUUAUUAAGUCAAAUCUAGGUCAUAUAAUUCUUGUAUGAUAGCUUAUCUCUGCCCUCCUUCCAACAAUCAUGCUGAAUCUUUUCUUUCUUCUUCUAUAAUUUGAGAGCUCCAGAACACUCCUAUAUCCACACUAUCUAACGUACCGUAUGCGUUACUAUAUGUUUUAAAGUAAUCUUUUCAAUGUAAUAUGGUUCAUUCUAUAGCAUUAUAUGUUAUGAACA